GGUUGUUUGUUUAUCAUUUUAGUUAGCAUUAUCGUUGGAAUCAGUGCAAUGACGUGCGGGAGCUCAAAUUCCACCGAAUGUACGACCAUUGAGGAGGUACACUUUCGGCAAAAACGGUGGCUGUCAUUCCACCCGAACGGAGCCGUGGUUAAGGCAAUCUUUUCUUUUGUCGCACCAGUUCGGUUUCACCACCGUACGAAGCGAAGUGUUAACUUGGCCAUUAAUCUUCAAGCCAAUUAUCCCAUUCCUGCGAAGCUGAUUUAUCCUGUGCCGGGGAGUUAUUUCAAGAACCGACAAUUGUUCGACGGUAAUUUUGUCGACCAAAGUCGGCCGGAUUUGUACCGUGUGCUGGAGAAAAUGAUCGGAUCCUGGAGCGGUAACAGUCGCGCCUGUUUGCUGAGAACCAUUUGUGAGGUGGCCGACACCCCACUGAAACACAACGGACUAAUCGGGGAGCUCUUCGAUAUCAUCUUCACCCCUUCAGAGAACGAUGAAAUGGAUGAGGAAUUCAAGAGCGCGUCGAAGUAUGGAAGAAAUGGAGUCGAUUGUACUCGGUUAUACCCAAAGUGUCCUUCGGGGCAUGGAAUUCUCGAGAAAAUUUCGGCCGUAAUAAAAGUCUAACUGUGAUAUAGCUUUUAAA